AUGGUCCCCAAAUCAGCCUUAAAAUACAUCUUUCACCAUGUUUUUCUUCCACCAAGAUUACCUCACGAGGAAGACGGUCGAACAGAGCAUGAUGUAGUACUAACACAACUCUUCCAAGAGGAACUUCAAAAUUUCCACGACGGUUUACCAUUCCACCAAAGAUCACAAUUCAAACGAAUGAUUGAGAUGGUUAAGGGCAUGGUACUUGUCGACAAUGAUGCUACCACGCCAACAUCGAAAAUCAUCAAUAAUCUCACAACAAUGAGAACUGAAGAUAUUUGCGCGAUACACAUUGAAAAGCAGAACGCGGGCAUACUCAUUCGACGAUUCUCGACGGAAUACUCCUUUGAGACUUUCGAGUUAUCGCCAAAGAAUGAAGAUUUAAUGGCAACGACGGGGCGAUUACGACGAUACUUUCCGGGCCCAGCAGUGGCCGUUCCUCAGGAUAUUGUUAACGAAAGAGCGUUUCAGAAAGCGCUACUGCAGUGUAUCGAUGGAUUAGUGCAAGAGACACCAAACAUUGUUGCCGGCAAAACAUUCAAAGCAAACAAAUCAGACAUCGAAAUCCGAGACACUGUUGAUCCAACACUCGUCACCAGCAUGUUAACAGAAUGCAUGCAUGCUAUCGGACGCCGCAUUGUCAUUCAGCGCAUUCAAAAGCGGACACGUGACGUCGUCCAGUGGAAAAACUGUCUUGAACCGUGGCGUCGUUCACCUCGCUUGCUUUUUCUUCGAGUUUGUCUCCAAAUUGGGCUCAUGGACGAAAAGGUCAACGAGCCAGCGCAUAUCCAAUACAAAUCUUUCAUGAUUUUUUUCAUGUGUCGAUUUCUGAAGCGCGCACUGCAGUCUUCUAUGUCCAGAGAGAUGUUAUUCAUUAUGUCGAUGAAGAUACAACGACGUCUACUCAAACUUGAGUCGUUGAUUGACUCUGAGCUACAGUCCCAAGUUCAGCAGGUUUUAUCCAGCGUUUCAUCUCACUUGACAAAGAGUAUUCCUGUGCUUUCAUCGCCAUUGUACCCCGACAUUUCUGUUAUCAGACCAGAAUCAGACACUGAGCUCAGUAUGCAUAGAUUAAGACCCUACCUCACUAGUUUGUCAACACGGCACAAAUCUGAAUUAAGACACGCAUCCCUUGAACCUCAAUGCCGUAUGCGUAUGGUACAGACGAGUAUAGACAUUCCAACUGUUAAGUGCUUGUCUGCGGACUUACGAUCAAGCAGUGAAAAUGUCCGAUUGGCUUUAGCGGACAUAGAAUCGUGGGUGACAGACCAUCUCGCCCGUUGGCUUAAAUGGCAUCAAAUGUCUGAACUCAAUUGCAACGCCUUGGCGGAUCUCAUGUCUAUCUACCAGGAGACUACUGAUCAAGUCUAUGAGAACAUCGCCGAAGAUCAAUCCGUGAGAAUGUUAACGUUGUUAGAUUUAUGGAUCGCAUUAGACAAAUGUGUGACAUCUCAGGAGCCGCUUCUUAAGGACUAUCGAUGUGGAUUCACGUCAAAAUUAUUUGCUCCUCUUUUGUUGCCUACGAAGCCUCAAAUGAUAAGAUUAGCAUCCAUCGAAAGAUACAUUACUGAUAGGAAUGCUGCUUCUCUCACCGAGAUGUCGUGCAUUUUUUCAAAGAUUGGUACCUCAACUAGCUUUUCCGUGCGUUACUUUGAUCAAUCAACACGACAUCAGCGCCUACGAGAUAAAAUCGUGGCUGACGCAGUUUUUGAACGCAACCAAAAAAAGGCAGAGCUCGAAUCCAAACUUAGGACCUUCGAGGCCUGGAAAGAAGCGGAUCUAUUAUCUGUCUGCGAGGAAAGAAUGGUUACCCGCGGAAACAGAAAUAACCGUCGUAGAGAAAUGGGUCAUAAGCCUAAAAAAUGCCCAAAAUGUAUUGCCAAAACCAAUGCUCACCAAGUCACAGUCGCAGUGCAUGAGUGGCCUUUCCCGGAAAAUGAAUUAGAGACAAAAUCGAUAGUCUUCGAGCUUGACGUGCCGAAGGUCAUUUCAGCGUGGCGUGAUUGCACUUAUAGUCUUCUGGUGGAUACAUUUUCCACAAUGUCGAAAGAGGGCGGAACCAUUGCCUAUUAUUAUUUUAAUAGGACGGUCCUGAAGCGGUAUGUUCAGAAUAGCCUCGGGAGAAUAUGCCUAGGAUCUCAGACAAAGCCCUUCAUUGUUUCUCACUACAAGGAGAAGCUUAUCUCUUCAGCGACAACGGAAACAAUCAUGAAGCCUAGUGGCUUGGAUUUCUUGGUAGUGGAUUUUCGUAUAACUCAGCAGAGCGCAAUCUCAGCCAGCUUUUUAUCACACCUCGAUAUUCGAAAUCUAUGCACUAUGCAGUUCGCCCCAGCCUUCACAAAGCUACAAGGCUGUCUGCAAAGUACAGAGAAUACUACUAAUGUCAUUCUCGCCAAGCAAAUAGAUUGCCCAGCUACACUAACUUUACACGAAUUUUACCAAUUUGCAUCAUUUAGAUCUGGAUACCAUCUUCAAUGGAUGAACAUUUUGCGGGAGAUGGAAGCCCGAGUAUUGGACUUGAAUCGCGAGGAGUCUUUUCAAAUGAUAGCCCAGGCAGCGUGGCAAGCGGGACCUGCAGCUUGUCUGCAUCAAUUUCGAGAUUCACACCGAGAUCUUGAUGAAGAGGAUUUUGGAGCAGCACUUUUGACGGCGUUGGAUGCGGUAGUUUCGAGCGUGGAGUCGAAUUGGCAAGGUGGAGGGACUGUUCGGAUUGUCGCAAUGCUUACCACUCGACUACUUAGUAUCUCAUCUCAUGGCGUUGUCCAAGAUGGCUGUCUUCAGCUGCUUCUGCGUAUCCGACUUAUCACGAUUGCGUGGACCAGAGAUGUUAUCAACAUGCUUCAUAGUUGCCAAGAGGAAAAUGAGCUCGAAUUGCUUAAAAUUCGUGCCCUUGAAUUAGCAUUGACAUGUAACGGUACUUUCGACGUCGAGAUGCAACAUCUUAAGAGCAUGCUAAAAUCUGUCGAAAGCCAGGCGAUAUUUAUUGAAAGUUUAAUAACAGUUCACGAUCGUCGGCCUGCAACCACCACUGGUAUUAACGCAGUUGCUCGGAUGUGCUUGAGACGUUUUGAUAGAAUAGCUCAUCGUGCCGAGUGUUUCGUGCGCGACAUGAUCGUUUGGGAGGCAGAGGGUAUUGACACCACCAUUCGGUUUCUCUGGUCAGGCUAUAAGCCAGGACCUGCUUGGACAGUACUUGGUACUCCGAACGAACGAUGGCUGAAGACAAAAACGGCAGGCAUUAGUGGCCAAGAAUCUCUCUUUGUUGAAUUGAACAUUCUGACUGGAGAACUACUCAUAAAUGGAUCCCCUCUAGCUCGUCUACCUCGCAAUUAUGAGGCUCACGCGACAUAUAAGCGACUUUUUGGAGAGAAAAUGUUGGAUGUCAUUCCAUCAACAAUGCCUGGCAUGGUUUUUGAGACUAGGAAAACUAUAUGCGAUCACCAGGUUCACUUCAAUAUGGUGGACGAUGAAUUGAUUGUUCAAAUUCAAAGAAGAGAUGAAUGCUUUGAGGUUAUUCCCCGGCGUUUCUUAAGAAACGAUUUCACAGAUUCAUUCUUGGAGAAAUACAUCUUUAUGCGAAAUGACAGAUCCGGAGUCAUACAAUUGAGGGCAACCGAAAUGCCAUGGAUUUCGUCGGAUGGUGGAUGGCAAAUUAUGCCUUAUCCAAAGCAACACUUCUACCUAUCCAAUGGCUCCAUGACGGUGGUUGACACCCGGAGUCCAACAGCUUUUGCUAUAUCAGAGAUUUUCCAUCCUCUGGAGAAUUUGAGUCACAUUGAAAUGAUACUCAAUCGAUGCGACGGAAAGUUGGAGAUACGCCUUCCACGUUUCAAUCUUGAUUUCUACAGGAUCUCGAGCGACUCGAUGUUGGCAUCGAAACAAUUCCGUGGAAUGUUCGUGGACGAAGAUCAGAAACUCAACACUUUCACCGGCUUGGUCAAUAAACUUGUGUUAUGCAGCAGUGACAAAUCAAGGCGAAUAGUCAUCAUUCCGAAUGGGGAGAUCUCCUUUACACCGCAUAAUGGCCAUGUCAAGGUGCAUAUCAGUACGGAAUCGAAAAGCUCCUGUACUUAUCACGACUAUCGAAUCGACACUCAACUUGGCCGUCUAGUUGAUAAUGGGAGCCUUGGAACUCGGCUUUUCAGAUUGUAUCUUCACGCACUGACCUCGGAUAUUCUCCCCGACAUCCUCACCGGUAAAACCGGUACGGAAGAAGCGCUAGAAGGGUUGUCUUCUGCAUCUGUGUUGUCGUUUUUUACUCUUUCCUCUAACGAAAUAGAGUUGCUUGUGAAGUUGAGGGCUUUGUCUCCAGAAUUCACCUACUAUCCGCCAGGGAAAAAAAAGAUGCAAGAUGUUUCUUGGACAAAAUUGCCAACACUGUCUCAGCAUGAAGCCUUCAGCACUAAGGUCGACAGCAUUUUUACAUAUGCCAGAUCUUUAGUAUCAUUUCAAAAUGAGCUGGACAGGCAGCAACUUCCAGAACCAGAUAGUCGCGGUAACGUUGAAUUGAUUUCUAUGGCCAUCAUUCGAAAUGCCGUCUACCGUGUUGAUGGUUUCGGAGCCGAAAAGUUUACCGUAGAUCAGGAUAAAGAAUACAACUCUCGUGAUGGAAAUUGUGACGCAAACCGACGCGAGGUGAUCUAUAACAUCGCAGCAUUGGUUUGUUCAUGGCCUCAGAAUCUGGAUGUCUCCAAGGACUUACAAGGUACCAUGGUAUCUUUGCCAGAUCGAAUCAUUGGACCCAGGACAGAGACAACGGAUGCCAUUGGUUAUAACCCAAAAUGGUUAAGUGCACCCACGGACUUUCUGCCUGACCAUUGGUUCGCGAUUUAUAAGGAGUUAUUGGUCAGCAACGAAAGUCGAGACAAAUAUAAGAUUAUGCUAUUCCUAUCAACAUUAGCUUUUUCACAGGAAGUAGAUCUAGCGCUUAUCCAUUCCCUUCUAGCGUUUGCCACAAAUCCCUCAUUCCGCCGCAUACAGCUUCCAGAACAUCAAUAUUUUCGCCUUUCAGACGGAUUCGAGCCUGAUGAGAACAGUCUGACCAGUGCCGUCACUUCCCAACUUUAUGACUACGCCAUAACUCCGGCAAGCAACCUUGUCAGAGUCCAGUCUGAGACUGAGCGAGAAGCCGAAAGUCGCAGGGUGCAGAUGUAUAAUGAUUGCAUCGAACUCUCCGUUGAAUCGGCCGUUGAUUCUCUUAUGAUUCAAUGGCCAACUAAAAAGCCCAUCGCCUCUAUAGAUACAAAAUUCCGGGCAUACGUCGAUGUAGAGGGAGUGACUGACAUUGUCCAGACAGAUUUUGCUGCUUGGUUUCGAAACAAUGAGUUCAGGAAGUUCAUUCGGCUAGUACAAACAGCCCUCGACACCGUAAAUCCUAUCAAGCACCCGAUUCGGCAAUGGGUUGAUUAUACAAAACCUGCAUGCAAGUAUAGCCCGGGUGUGACAUAUCUAGGGCUCAAAGAUCUUUUGAGGAACAGACCGCCAUUAUCCAUCAACAGCACCCAAUAUUCCCAAUUCAAAUCACUCCAAACUACGACUCCCAUAUCUGUUACCAAUGAUAAUGACCAUAGAAAAGUAUCGGAGCUUUUACUAGAACUUUCUCAGCACACUUCCGGUAUCUUCGAGGCUCAAUAUUGCAGUCAAUUAAAACAAAGUCUCGAUGCUUUGAACCGGAUGCCACGUGCUCAACUAAAUUCUUCAUUAUCCACUUACAGUUUCGCAACCUAUUUGAACCAAUGUCAGAUACUAGUACAAACAAUGUACCAAAGGAUCUUAGAGCAGUUAGUGUCUCCAAUCAGAGUUUUCGGGGCAAUAGAGAGUACAACAAUGCUUCCGCGCCUAUCUCAAACCACAAUUCUUUCUCUCAUCGCAAAAUCUCAUCAGAUUCAGCUCUCACAGCAAUGGAAGCGUGAAAUUGUAUGUUAUGGUCUCGCCGUGACCGCCUUACAACGUGCGGAGCGUCUGUUGUGUUGUUGCGAUAAUCAAGCAGAGCUUCUCAUGGAGCUCUCCAAUCCGGGACACGAAGGGUGGGAUCCAUUAGCGUAUCCGGACUGGCUGCUCCUCGAAUUAGAGAAUGGAAUCUUGAUACGCAAAGAUCAGGCCGAUAUCAGCAAAGAAAUGAUUGACCCGUCGUCAGGUGCAAAUUCUGCAAUGCAAUUGAACAUGGGACUUGGCAAAUCUUCUGUCAUUGUUCCGAUUGUGGCAUGUGCACUGGCAGACAAAACAAAAUUAUGUCGUGUCGUAGUUCUACGUGCGCUAUCCAAACAGAUGAUGGAAUUGCUAGUAAAGAAGCUUGGCGGUAUGAUCAACCGGCGUAUAUUCUUCCUACCAAUCUCACGCGCACUUCAAAUGGAUGUCGAGGAGGCAAAGCAGGUACGUGAGAUAUACGAGACUUGCAUGAGUUCCGGUGGUGUACUCCUCGUGCAACCAGAGCAUUUACUGUCAUUCGAGUUGAUGGGCCUUGACAUGGUGCUUUCCGGAGAUAAGGAUGCCAAUGUCGGUAGGGUUAUCAAUGACACCCAAACAUGGCUACUUCAACAUUCGCGGGAUAUUUUAGACGAGAGCGACGAGAUUUUGAACGUGCGGUUUGAACUCAUCUAUACUGUUGGUAGACAAACGCCUAUUGACUUUGCUCCCGACCGUUGGAUGUUGAUUCAGCGAGUGUUGGCUAUAUUGAAGUUUUGCGUUCAAAAUCUUGGUCAGCAAUACCAGAAUGAUCUUGAGGUAGAAAAUUUACCAGAGAAUGGUUCCUUUGUGCGGUUCAGAGUCUUGCGGCCCACAGUCGGCGAUCUUCUUGUUGAGAAGGUGGCGCAAUAUAUCUGUGAUCAAGGGCUUCCUGCUCUAUCUCUCUUCCGCUUCUCCAAGACCCACCGAGACCUAAUUUUCCGGUUUAUCACGGAUCCGAAAAUGGACGAGAAGGAAUUGUUCGGCCUUCAGCAAUUGGCAUUCGCUACUCAAUCCAUUAAGAAGGGCUUGUUACUUCUCAGAGGCCUGUUUGCACAUGGGGUUCUACACUUUGCCUUUUCACAGAAGAGAUGGCGAGUGAAUUUUGGUUUGGAUUUGAAAAGAUCGUCCCUGUCAGUACCAUAUCAUGGAAAGGAUGUUCCUGCAGCUCGCUCUGAAUUCAGUCACCCAGAAACGACGAUUAUCCUUACUUGCCUUUCGUACUAUUAUGAAGGAUUGUCGGAAUUUCAAGCAGAGGAAUGCUUCAGAGAGCUUUUGAAGUCGGACAACAGCCAAGGUGAAUACGAGAAAUGGACCAGAAAUUGUCCCCAUAUUGGUGCUAGAUUCAAGCAAUUGAGUGGGGUUAAUCUCAGCAAUCUUGACCAGUGGUCUGAAAAUGUAUAUGCGCCUUUGAGACGUUCCAAGGAAAUGAUCGAUUUCUAUCUCAGUCAACUCGUUUUUCCAAAGGAGAUGAAGGAGUUUCCCAAGAAGCUGUCUUCGUCGGGUUGGGACAUUGCUCGGACUAAAAAGCAUCCAGUCACUGGCUUCAGCGGAACGAAUGACAGCAAGUAUAUUCUGCCACUCUCUAUCCAGCAGCAAGACCUGGCGGAACAGCUUUCAACAAAUGCAGAGGUUCUCGCAUGCCUGUUGCGACCUGAAAAUAGUUUUGAUUCGACAAUCAUGGGCGAAGAAUUUGAUGCGGAAGUCCUUCUCAAGAUGGCGGUCAUGUCGAAACCUACAGUGAGAGUAAUUCUUGAUGUAGGCGCACAAGUCUUGGAGCUACGAAAUGAAGAAGUUGCCAGUAGAUGGUUAUCACAACUUCCAGCUGUUGAGGUGCAAGCUGCCGUAUUCUUUAAUUCUUCGGAUGAACUUUGUGUACUGAAUCGUGAUGGAAUGACGGAACCACUCAAUAUCUCGCCAUUUGCCAAGCAGAUGGAUCGAUGUGUAAUUUAUCUCGAUGAGGCUCAUACACGCGGGACAGACUUAAAGCUACCAUCCGAUUAUCGUGCUAUCGUUACACUUGGGCCAGAUCUGAAUAAGGAUCGGCUCGCGCAAGCGUGUAUGCGAAUGAGAAAGCUGGGAAAGGGCCAAUCCGUCGUAUUAUGUGCGCCAAAGGACAUUCAGCAAAAGAUUCUAGAAUACACACACAGGACUCAUUCUAGCCAAAUUGAAGUCAAGCAUGUACUAUUGUGGUGUAUUCAGAAUACACUAGCACAUGUUCGCAAAUGUGUUGUGCCUUGGGCAGUUCAGGGAAAACGACAUUAUGAACGACUUGCGGCAUUGAACGCAAACACCGAUGGUAUUCCAGAAUCUAUUCUAGAAUCUGAAGCACAGAGUUUGGAAGAAAGAUAUGGACUUGGUGAAGAGAAGACUGACGAACGUUGGUUGGCCGAUACGACUCCCAACACAGGCAUAGAAUACUCCACCGAACUUGCAGCUAUUCGUGAUAAAUGUGCUCAGUUUGGCUACACUUCUUUUGCCGGGGCCAAUCUACACGAGGAGCAAGAACGGGAAUUGCAACCAGAAAAAGAAUUGGAGCUACAGCCUGAGCAUGUCCCAUGUGUUACAGCUCUGAAACAUAUUUUGCACCCUGACGUCAGGCAUUUGGUCGUGACAGGCAUCAUGAAACACCGUCCAUCUGAUAGCGGCUUUCUACCUGCUUUUGCUCUUUUCCAAGAUACGUCUGCGAAGAAAUCUUUUGAUAUUUCCAAAUGGCCAGGAGGUCUUUGGAUCACAAAUGACUUUGCACAAACAGUGUGGAUGAGCCAUUUCGACAUCAAAGACUCCUUUCUGCGACCUGUCCACUGGAUUGCAACAUUUGAGCUGAAGAACGAAACUUGUUGUGUAGUUUUCAGUCCUUUCGAGGUUCAUGAACUACGUUCUCUCAUUGAACAACAUAAGAAAGUCACUCUCAGUAUUUACUCUCCGCGUCUGAGCCUCUCCUUGCGAUCAUUUGAAAGCCUUGAUAUCUACACGAUUCCGCCAUUGCCAUCAUCAUGGACUAUUCCAGCUACUGUCAUGCAGCUCAACCUUUUCGCCGGACAACUAUACCUUCGAAGCUAUGAUGAAUACAUUCGUCUGUGUCAAUUCCUAGGACUUUGCUAUCGUCCACCUCAAGAUGAUAUCGAAAUUGCCUGCGACAAUUUCGUGCCUAUGUCAAGUCGUGAAUCGUUUGAUCCCGUCAUGAUGAAGGUGUGUCCUUUCGAAGAGAGUCCGGUUGAGUUCUUGCAAAAGGUUUUUGCCUUGAGACGAAAAGGUCAGAGUUUUGAAGAUUCGCAUAUGGAAACUCAGGAUAAGAUGACAGCGAGAAUGAAGAGUAUGAAGAAAGUGAAUCAGGUGGUGAAUGAAGAGAUUGAUGGAAGCGACGCCGAUGGAGACGACCGAAUAAAUUUUUGUAUUGAUAAGCUAGCUGGUGUAUGCGCUAAGGCUAGCGUCAGUACUAGCGAGGGCACAAUGCUAGGAACCGAAAAACAUCUCGUCUGUGUAAUCAAUAUACUCCUCCUUAUCGAUCCUAUCUUGACAAAAGAUUGA